AUGGACAUGGCCAAAGAUGGCGACAAGGACGUGAAAAAAGACGCCGGUUUGUUGGCCAAGGAAGCCGACUCGCGAGCGAGGAACAGGCAGUUGUCGCGACGGUUCAAUAAGAAUAAGCGUGCUAAACCUGAAGUUCAAGUUGCGCCAAAAAAAGGGCAGAGCGAUGACGUCGAAGAGAGUGUGUGCGCCAUCUUGGCGCCGGACGCGAGGCGGAACAAGCAGCAGUCUGCUGAAAGUUCACGGAUCGGCCUCGUCAGCUCUCCACUGUCUGCCAAUGUUUCCGCACGGACCUCAUCUGCAGAAGCUUCAUUCGCAGUCUCUUUGAACGAGGUGAAAGAGCGCACGGAUCUCAGGAGAGAUGCCGGAGGGUAUUGUCGGGCUUUGCUCUGUGGUGGUGGUGCAAGAACUGCUGCUGCUGCUAGGAUGAGGAGUGCUGCUGAUGUUGCGAGGAAGGAAACCUGUGUGCAACGCGUGCUGUCUAGAUUGGAGCAGUCUGCAGAGCGCCCAACACUGGUUCUCAAGUUGAAUAAUGCCAUGAGUGGGAUCCAGCGAGAACUGAGUGGAGCAGAGCAUAGAUUUGGAGCCCGCAAAAAGUCGUCGUCGUCAUCAUCUGCUGGCCGACGAGCUGGGGUCAAAGCUGCGGGCUCUGUCAUUCCGGGUCAGGCUGUGUACAGAGGAAGAGCCGUUGUUCGCGAGAUUCUGAGCAUGAGGCAGUCUGGUGGAACCCAUCAGGAAGAGUCGCUGGGCUUUGGAUCCCCCGAAGCUGAUGAUGCUGCUGCUGCUGCUGACAACUCGGAAUCAACUUCCCAGGUGGUUUUGUCAGGAGGCCUCAAGUCUGCAUCAGGGACAGCAUCCAAGACUGAGCAGACAUCUGAGAAGAAUAAGACACCUCGUAGAACUCCUUCAGGAGAAUCAGUUACUGGACCUGAUGACAAUGAAGAUGGGGUGGAAGAAGAAGGUGGUGACAGUGGGGUCAGACCCCCUGAAGUGAGGUUUGAAGACAUGCUGUACCUGUGGGACCUGAACAGAGACCUGAAGAACUUGGUGCACAGCAGAAUUAGGGACCUGGGAAUGCCCAAGUUCCUGGGGAUGGGCAUUGUCAACAAGGGCAAUGUGGCCCCCGAGAUUAUGUUGCCUGAGCUUGGGCCCAUUCCCAAGGUUGAGGCUGAGUUGAGGGAGAUGAUCAAGAGGCCUUCUUUCAAGGAAAAUCGUCCAUGUUUAGGAAGAAUCGUGUUUAUUCUGGCAUUUGUAUUGGCGUUCGAAAGUAUUUCAGCCCUCGCCCAUCGUGCUCGUGUGCGAUUCGGAAAACUGCGCUUAGUGUUGAUUCUCGCUAGCUCUGGUAGACGUCGAUGCCCUCAGCUGAGAGAGGCGAAUAAGUGCGCCUACAGUCGAAUUCUAGAAGCUUCAAGCUUCUUCGGCUUCGGCCAAGGUGCCGACAUCGACAUUAUCCUCCAUGGCUCGGAAACGCGGAAAAUGGCCGAGAUCAAGACGGAGGACGGCAAGAAAGAGAGACACUACCUUUAUUACGACGGGGAAAGCGUGGGCGGGAAAGUGAAUGUCACUCUCAAGAAACCCGGAACCAAGUUGGAGCACCAAGGCAUCAAGAUUGAAUUCGUCGGUCAAAUCGAGCUUUACUACGACAGGGGCAACCAUCACGAGUUCACAUCUCUCGUCAAAGAGCUCGCUCGGCCGGGCAUCUUGGCCCAAAACACGAGCUUCACGUUCGAGUUCAACCAGGUGGAGAAGCCCUACGAAUCCUACACGGGCGGGAAUGUGCGACUGCGAUACUUUUUGCGGGUGACGAUUCUGCGAAGGAUCUCGGACAUUGUCCGCGAAGUCGACAUCAUCGUGCACACCUUGUCUUCGUAUCCCGAGAUCAACUCCAGCAUCAAGAUGGAGGUCGGCAUCGAAGACUGUCUGCAUAUCGAAUUCGAGUACAACAAGUCAAAGUACCACCUCAAGGACGUGAUCGUGGGCAAGAUUUUCUUCUUGCUCGUCAGGAUCAAGAUCAAGCACAUGGAGAUUGCGAUUAUCAAGCGGGAAACGACGGGUGCUGGGCCCAACACGUUCAACGAGAACGAGACCAUAACCAAAUACGAAAUAAUGGAUGGGGCACCUGUGAGAGGAGAAAGCAUUCCGAUCCGGUUGUUCUUGGCGGGAUACGACUUGAGUCCUUCCAUGAGGGACAUCAACAAGAAGUUCUCCGUCAAAUAUUACCUGAAUCUCGUGCUGGUGGAUGAAGAGGAGAGACGAUAUUUCAAGCAGCAAAAGGAGCGAAGCAGCUUCAAAGAUGGUUUCCUAUGA